GCUAUAUAAUCCAGCCCAGAGGGCGCCAUCUUUUUCGGUUCCUUGUGCUUCGGUCGGGAAGUGAGCGUAUCGCCCAGCCCGCUGUCAUGGCCGCUAACCCGCAAGUUUUCUUCGACAUCUCCGCCGGCGGCAAGCCGCUCGGCCGCGUGGUGAUGGAGCUCUAUGCCGACAUCGUCCCCAAGACGGCUGAGAACUUCCGAGCACUGUGCACUGGUGAGAAGGGGUACGGCUACAAGAGCUCCACUUUCCACCGUGUCAUCCCAGGAUUCAUGUGCCAGGGUGGAGAUUUCACCAACCACAAUGGAACCGGUGGCAAGUCCAUCUACGGAGAAAAGUUUGCUGAUGAGAACUUCAAGCUGAAGCAUGAUGGUGCCGGUACCCUGUCCAUGGCCAACGCCGGACCCAACACCAACGGAUCCCAGUUCUUCAUCUGCACAGCUAGUACAACCUGGCUGGAUGGGAAGCAUGUUGUCUUUGGUAAAGUGGUGAAUGGUAUGGACAUCAUCAGAGCGGUGGAGGGUCACGGUUCCAAGAACGGUAAAACCUCGACCACAAUUGCCAUCGCCGACUGUGGGCAGCUCUGAGCAGUCAUCGUCGCCCCCCCCCCAACUCGCCCUGCAGCCCCCCAUCCCCCUACCCACCAUCAUUCUACAUUCCUGUUGAUGGAGAUGUGUUGUACCCAAACUAACCACCCUUUUCUCCUCUUCAGACCAUGUUGCAUUUGUGACUUUGCCUGAGAAAUUUCUUUUGCGUCUUUUUAUUUUCCAAAAGUCCCAACGGUUUUUUUUUUUUUGUUAAGUCAACAAAUGAAAAAAUAAAGGGGAACAAUUGCCUUGAAGAGAAA